AUGGAAGCCCCCACGCUCAGUAUCCCCGGAGAAACACCACAGCAGCAACAGCAGCAACAACAGAACCAAUACACAGGCCAUCUCCAGCGUCGUCUGGCGCCCGAAGGCUCCGCAGAGUGGUACUUUGACCAAGGCACAGAAUGGAUGUCCCAGCAUCCGUGGAUGACCGGAUUUGGAGCCUUUGGAGUGGUGUACUUCCUCUCCGGGUUUGUGAAGACGCGCCAGCCAAACUUGAACGGAAAGGCGUUCGUGAAAGGUACAUUUGGCGCCAAAAUGAGUGCCCUGGAAGCAUUGCAGAUUUUGAGCUUGAAGGAGAGUACGCUUUCGAAGGCGCGGUUGAAGGAGCACCACAGAAAGCUCAUGAUGGCCAACCAUCCGGAUAAGGGCGGUUCGUCGUUCUUGGCCACCAAGGUGAAUGAGGCAAAGGACUUUUUGGAGAAGAGAGGAGGAAUGAAGGAUAAGUAG